CCAGUCUCUACGCGUUGGACAGCUCUAUCGAGUCACUAUCAAGCGCCGUUUCCACAACAAAGCAAGUCGAACUUUGACAGAAGCCAAAGGGAACUGCGCAUGCGCCCGGGGGUUCAGCAGGGGGAGUUUCAUACAGCCGUUGGGAAGGAUGGCUACCGUAGGAGAUCUCAAAGCCGUUGUGAAGGACACUCUGGAGAAGAGAGGAGUUAUGGGGCAGCUAAAGGCAAGAGUUCGAGCAGAGGUGUUUGAAGCAUUGGAUGAUCGUAGUGAACCCAAACCAGUUCUGUCCCCUGAAAAUCUCCUCAUCAAUGAAUUGAUUAGAGAAUAUCUGGCAUUCAACAAGUAUAGCUACACCUCAUCUGUCCUUACUGCAGAAACUGGCCUUUCCGAGGUUCCACUCGAUCGUUCAUUUCUCACUAAAGAGCUUAACGUUGUUGAAGAUUUGAACUCCCAGUCAGUACCAAUUCUAUAUGGAAUCGUUGCUCACUUUUUAAAAGAACAUGAAGAUGGGCCAUGCCAGAAAGUAGAGAAGGUGUCAACUGAGAACCACACCUUUAGAAACAUUCCACGAGGUAGAAAUACAAAAGAUCAACUCCUGGCAAUGUUGUUUUCCAUUGCAAAGCAGAAGAUACUCAUUCAGGACCCGUGCAGCUAACACAAACAAGCACUGAAGAUUGGCAUCAGCGAAGGCACAGAUAAUUGCUUGUGAAGUAUUCCAGAGGAAUGACCGUUUGUUUACUCUAUAAGAUUUUCUGGGUUAUAGAUAUCAUGAGCUCUGCUCUCCUAAAUGACUGGUUUUAUCCACUGUAAGGAGAGGUUUUUUGUUUGUUUUUUUUAAAGUUGCUAUAUUUAUUAAAUUGUAACUAUAUUGUUCAAGUUCAUUUUGUAACAAUGCAAAUAAAAGUACAUAUAUUUUUCA